AUGACUGGCAUAAAGAAAAGAGAAGAGGAAGUUGACAGCUAUGUUCGCAGUUCGUUGCUGAAUCUGUGUUUAUUAAGGAAGCUGAUUUUUGUGAAACCUGAUGUGUUAGUGCCUGUUCUAAGCAAUAAGGAAAACCAUACAUCCUGGCCAGGUUGCGUUUCCCAAGAUAUGGAACAUCAUGUGGAAAUCAUGAAAAAUAAAACACAAACUACGAACAGACUGAUGUCAGGAAGAACUCAUCUUCCCAUUCCGACGGCUGCAGCAAAGACUGACUUGCAUCAAAUAUAUGCUGAAAAGAAACAAGAUCCUAAUUCUGGGGCAGUACUACAUGCCAUCGAAUCAAUGGUUAUUAGGUGGUCACAUCAGUUUCGUGACACUGUGAAUAGGGAUUCUUCUGAACCUCUUCUGCAUGGCCUUCAUCCAGACCCCCAAACGGAGCUGAACUUCUGGAAAGCAAGACAAUCUUUUAUAUAUAAAUAACUUCAGAGUCCUGUUGUUCAAAAAAUUAUUAAGAUCUUAAAAGCCAAAGAAAGCAGUUAUUAUCCUGCUUCUCAGGACAUUUUCAAGGAAGUACAAGAUGAACUUGCAGAAGCCCAAGACGCUGAUCUCUAUCUGAGACCACUGGAAAAAUACAUUCAGCUCUUUCGGGAGAAGGAAUUCCCACAGAUCUGUAAUUUAAUCCUGCCUUUAUUUCAUACCAUCUGCCUGAUAUGGAGCCACUCCAAGUUCUAUAGCAUGCCUGUACGAAUAGUAGUACUGCUGCAGGAGAGAAUCAGCUUAUUGACCAGGUAGCUUCAAUCUAGGUUGUAUCUUUCACCAGAAAAUCUUUUCAAAGGAGAAACUGAAGAAGCAUCAGAGCACGUGAAAAUAGCUAAAACCACCUUCAAAAGCUUUAAGGAUUCAUUCUUUAGUCACAGAAACAGAUUGGAGAGUUACUUCGCCUGUGGCAAGGAAUUUAAACCAUGAGAUUUCAGAUCUGAGAUGUUGUUUUCAAGAUUUGAUAAGUUCCUCAACCGCUUACUGAAGAUUGAGGAAAUUUUCAUUCACAUGUUGGAAUUUCAUAAACUGGAAAAGCUGGAGUUUGGUGGAAUCAAGGGGAAAAUUUUAAGUGAGUGGGUCUGCAGAAUGAAUGAAGAGUUUCUGGAAAGCUGUGAAGUUUUCAGAAAGAGAACAUACGAUCCCUCAGGUUACAGUAACAUGUUUGAAGGUGAUUAUACUGAAUUUAAAGCCAAAACCCUGGAUCUUGACAGACAUUUUGCCUCAGCUCUUUGUGUAGGAUUUCAUGACUGUUCAGGGUUAGAAUCCACGUUCAAGCUUUUAAAUAACUGUGGAAGCUUUCUAAAAAAACCUGUCAUUGCGAAGAUAUUUAGCCCAAAUUACGACAUUUUAUUGGAAAUGUUUGAAGAACUGGAUAACUGCAGACGUAUAUGUGAUGAACACAUUAAAAAGGCUGAAGAAGGGAAGGAAAUAAUUAACAAAAAUAUGCCAGUUACUUCAGGAAACCUUAAAUGGUCUAAAGAACUGAAGGAACAAAGACAGAUAUUUUGUCCAGAGGCUGCUUUUAUUUCUCAGCAAUAUGUGGAGAUGUUGAAAUUCCUUGACCAAUAUGAAGAUCAGACCUAUUGUGAAUGGAAAGUUCAGGUGGAUGAAAUUUGCCAGUUUAAUUUAGACCAACCGCUAAUUAAGUGCAAUCCCAAAAAUGGCAUCCUAGUGAAUUUUGAUCCUAAGCUAGUGGCUUUAUUGAGAGAGGUGAAAUAACUCUUGGUGUUGAACCAGCCCAGCAUUCCAGAUCUAGCUAUAUAUGAGAAAAGGAACAGUUUUGCAAAGUGUAUCGGAAACCUUGAACUUGUUGCUCAGCUGUACAACAGACUAAUGCAGACUACUCUGGAGGUUGAAUAUCCUCUGAUUGAAGAAGAGCUAAGAACUAUUGAUGACCAGCUAAAAGAAGCAGAGGAAAUAUGCAUGUGGCAGGUGACAACCCACUGGGACUGCAUCAAAUGACUGAAAAAAUCAGUGUGUGAUUUGGAGCAGAGAGUUCACCAAUCAAAGGACAAGGUUAGGUCAAGCCAGGGAAUUAUGAACGCUUGGAUGGAACAUGCCCUCUUUUUCAGGAAAGGUAAAAAAGAAGCUCUAUUAUACCUGGAUGACAAAGGAGAAAGACUUGCUAAAAUAUAAAAAGUGCUGCAAGAAGGUAGCUGCCAGAUCCAUCAUCCUGUAGAGGGAAAUUUAAAGCUCUUCAAAGCAGAUUCCUCCUCAGCCUCUUGGAAGAUUUAUACAGAAUACAUUGAUGACGUUGUGGUCAAUGAUUUAUGUAACACUGUAAUGCGUUCUUUAGACUUCUUUUUGGACAACACAGAAGACAAUUUGAAGCCAGCUCCACUUUCUCAAGCACAAAUGAUCCUUAAUGGCACAGAGACAUUUAAAACUUCUCUAGAUGAAGAGGCUGGUGAUGGUUUUUAUGACCUAGUAGAUGAACUCCUGGGUGAUGUUUUCUGACUGUCUGCCCAGGUGAAAAGGGAAGCAGCACACCUGGGAUCAGAACAUUACCAGAAUGAUAUGAACAACAUGUUUGAUCUGCCUGAAAUCAGGCAGGAGAUUAUGGAGACAGUGGCAAAUGUUACCAGCAAAGCCUUGGAGUACAGAAGAUCUCUUGCUAGCUACACUUCUCUCUGGCUGGAGGAUCAAUAUGCAUUCGUGAAGCAAUUCCUUCUCCCUGGUCAUGGUUUAACAUCCACAAAGAUACCUCUUACUGACAAAGUCUCUCAACAGCCUCUCACUGUUAAACUGUUUAAAGAGCAGUUUGACAUCUAUGAAAAAAUUUACGUUCAGAUAAGCAAGUUUGAAGAUGCUAACAUUUUUGAAAGUUUGUUUAAAGUGGAUACAAAGCCCUUCAAAAUGAGCUUGCUAAACAUUAUUAAGAAAUGGACGUGGAUGUUUAAGGAGUAUCUCUUGAGAUUUGUCAUCAUUAGUCUGACUGAUUUAGAAGAAUUUAUAAAAGUGACAGAUGCUGGACUUCAAAGAGAGGUGACUGAAGGAGAUUAUUGUGUGCUGGUAGAAAUCAUGGGCCAUCUCUUGGCUGUGAAAGAGAGGCAGACAACUGCUGAUGAACUCCUUGAACCUUUAAAAGAGAUGGUUGCACUGUGAGAAAGCUAUGAACAGAAGAUACCAGGCCAAGUUUAUGCUCAGUUAGAGGAAUUUCCUGAAAAAUGGAAUGCCGUUAAGAAGAGAGCUGUGUAGGUAAAGCACAAAGUAACUCCUCUUCAGGCAUCUGAGGUUGCAGUUAUCGGAAGAAAAUGCACUUUACUUGAGGGGAAGCAGAUGGAAUUCAGAGAAAGGUUUAAAAUGAAUGCUCUCUUUCAGUUUGAUGCAGAAAAUGCAUAUGCUUGUCUCAAUAAGGCAAAUGAAGAGCUUGAGAUGCUGGAAAAAUACAUGUUACUAACCCAGGAAUCUGCAAAACUAUUUGAAGUAGCUAUUCCAGACUACAAGCAAAUGAAACAAUGCAAAGUGUGGUUACUCAAGAAAUUUUGGGGUAUUAGUGUUUAUAUAAAUAGCAGCAUUGAUGAUUGGACUAAAACCCAGUGGAGACAGAUUAAUGUGGAACAGAUGGUUGUGGAGCUCAGAAGGUUUGCCAAGGAAAUGCAGUCUUUGGAUAAAGACAUUUGUUCCUGGGAUGUAUAUAGGGGCUUGGAGUUAAAGGUGAAGAAUCUGAACUCAUCGCUGAGAGAAAUAUUGGAGUUGCAAAAUCCUGCAAUCAGAGACAGACACUGGUACCAGGUCACAAAUGUGACAGGAGUCAGGCUUUUAGUAGCAGAAGAUACUACCUUGACAGACCUUCUGGGACUGCAGCUUCAUAAAGUAGAAGAUGAAGUCCAGAGUAUAGUUGACAAUGCUGUGAAAGAGCUGGGUACUGAAAAGAUUCUGGCAGAAAUCAGCCAAACACGGGCUGUCAUGGAAUUUUCUUACAAAGAGCAUCACAGGAAUGAAGCUCCUUUAAUGAAGUCAGAUGACCAACUGCUUGAAACUUUAGAUAACAAUCAAGUUCAGCUGCAAAUGAUUCUGAGAAGUAAAUAUAUGAUAUAUUUCAUUGAACAAGUGAAAGGUUGGCAAAAUAAAUUAAACAUGGCAGAUUCUGUCAUUUCCAUUUGGAUGGAAGUUCAACGCACAUGGUCUCAUCUAGAAAGUACUUUCACUGGCUCUGAAGAUAUCAGAAGCCAGCUGCCUGAAGAUGCAAACAGAUUUGGUGAAAUCAACAGAGACUCCAAAGAGUUGGUGACUGACAUAGCAAAUACAGAAAAUGUGAUGGAAGCUACAACCAAGCCCAAGGUGUAUGAAAAAUUUGAAGCUUUGCGGCACAGGUAAAAUUUCCAACUUUGUGAAAAAGCUCUGGCUGAAUAUUUAAAAACGAAGUGCAUAGCUUUUCCUCGCUUCUGUUUUGUUUCUUCAGCAGACUUGCUAGACAUCCUUUCAAAAGGAACACAGCCAAAACGGGUGGCCCAUCAUCUUACCAAACUUUUUGACAAUAUUGCUGAUCUUAAAUUUCAAGAGAAUAUAGAGGAAUCUGUAAAUACUGCCCUUGGGAUAUACAGCAGAGAAGAGGAGUAUGUUCCAUUCUGUGAAAGGUGUGGAUGCAGUGGUCAGGUAGAGUCUUGGUUGCAAUACCUUGAGGAAACUGUACACAAAACAGUGUGCCUCUACAUCAUGGAGGCGAUACUGGCCUAUGAAGAGAAGCAGAGAGAACAGUGGGUUUUUGACUACCCAGCCCAGGCUGCACUUACUGGUUCACAAAUCUGGUGGGUUUCAGAUGUUGAGGUGGCAUUGAGUAGGCUGGAAGAGGGCUUGGCAUCAGCCCUGAAGGAUUGCCACAAGAAGCAGGUCACUCAGCUAAAAGCUGUUAUUACCGUGCUGCUUGGAGAACUUUCCUGGGGUGAUCGACAGAAAAUCAUGAGCAUUUGCACCAUCGAUGUUAAUGCUAGAGAAGUUGUAGCAAGCCUUGUAGUUCAGAAGGUCACCAGUUCCUGAGCUUUUGCUUGGCUGUCACAGCUAUGCCAUAGGUAGUAUGAUGCCCAGAAACACUGUUUUGCCAACAUUUGUGAUGCUCAGUUUCAGUACUUUUAUGAGUACUUGAGAAAUACCCCUCGGCUAGUUAUUACACCUUUGACUGACAGAUUUUUAUUCCUUGGUGAAAACAUUACAUUGAAGUAAUCGGUUGGAAUAUUUAUUACCAUGAACCCAGGAUAUGCAGGUCGGACAGCACUACCUGAAAACCUCAAAGCUCUGUUCAGACCCUGUGCCAUGGUUGUCCCUGACCUUGAACUGAUCUCUGAAAUUAUGUUGGUUGCUGAAGGGUUUAUUGAUGCACGUCUGCUAGCCAGGAAGUUUGUUACCUUGUGUACUCUCUGCAGGGAACUGCUUUCUAAACCGGACCAUUAUGACUGGGGACUUCGUGCUAUCAAGUCUGUUUUGGUGGUUGCUGACUCACUGAAAUGAGGAGAUGAGAACAGACCUAAGGAUCAGGUGCUUAUGAGAGCCUCGAGAGACUUCAAUUUGCCUAAAAUAGUGACAGAUGAUAUCCCAGUUUUCACGGGCCUGAUCAGUGACCUGUUUCCAGGUCUGGAUGUUCCAAGGAAGAGGAACCUGCAAUUUGAACAGAUGGUUAAACAAUCUACCCCGGAGCUUCACUUGCAGCCUGAAGAGAGCUUUAUUCUCAAAGUUGUUCAGCUGGAGGAGCUACUGGCAGUGCGUCACUCUUUGUUUGUCAUUGGAAAUGCGGGGACAGGAAAGAGUAAGGUACCUGCCUACCUAUGCAGCAUGUGCUUGAAAAUUCUGCAUCAUGCAUAUGUGAACAUGAAACAAAAGCCUGUUUAGAAUGACCUUAACCCAAAAGUUCUGACAGCUGAUGAACUGUUUGGUUUUACACAUGCAACCCAAGAAUGGAAAGAUGGUAAGUAGCACACGUGUUCUUACUUUGCAGGUGUCCUGUCAUCUCUUCUGAGAGAGCAAGCUAGUAUUACCCAUGAGGGGCCAAAAUGGUUAGUUUUAGAUGGAGAUAUAGAUCCUGUGUGGAUUGAGUUACUCAGCACUGUUAUGGAUGAUAACAAGGUUCUGACCCUUAGAAGCAAUGAACUUGUGCCUAUGACUCCGUCAAUGCAGCUGCUAUUUGAGGUACACCAUUUAAGAGCUGCUACCCCAGCUACAGUAUCCAGAGCUGGUAUUCUCUUCGUGAACACCCAGAACCUGGGGCGGAAUCCGUAUGUUGCUAGCUGGAUAGAAACAAGGAGAUACCAAUCCGAAAAGGCUAACUCGACUGUUCUCUUUGAAUAUGUGCCUCCUUACUUAGAACAACUCAGAACAAGAUUUAAAACUGCUACUCCUAUUUCUGAAAAUAGUAUGGUUCAGACACUCUGUUCUCUGCUGGAUUGUUUGUUGCCCCUUGAAAAUGUGCCAAAGGAUUGCUCCAGAGAGCUUGAGACGUAUUUUGUCUUUGCUUGUAUUUGGGCGUUUGGUGGGGCACACUCGUGAGAUCAGCUUUCGAAUUAACAAGCUGAAUUUAGCUGCUGGUGCCUUAAGAAGAUGAAAGCUGUGAAGUUUCCUUUCCAGGGCACAGUGUUCGAUUAUUACCUUGCUCCAGAGACGAGGAAGUUCCUGCCCUGGGCAGAUAAGGUCCCGAGUCCUCAUGUGGAUCCGGAUGCACCCCUGCAGGCAAUCUUUGUUCAUACAUCUGAGACUGCAUGUCUCAAAUAUUUUAUUGAUUUACUCUUAACAAAAGGCAAACCAGUCAUGUUUGUUGGAAAUGCCAGAGUAGGAAAAACGUUUGUAGGCGAUAGGUUUGCUGCUGUCUCUGAAGACUACUUCCUGGCUAACAUCCCUCUCAACUACUACACAACAUCAGCAGUGCUCCAGAGUAAAUGCUUGAAAAAAAGCUGGAGGAAAAAAGCUGGUCAUAACUAUGGUCCAGUAGGAAGUAAGAAACUUAUCUAUUUUAUUGAUGAUUUGAAUAUGCCUGAAGUGGUGGCUCAACCUCAUGCAUUGAUUUGGCAGCAUAUAGAUUAUGGACACUGGUAUGAUAGGCAGAAGCUAACUAUUAAAGAAUAUAAUUGUCAGUAUAUUCCAACUUCUGGCAGCUUAGACUCCAGGUAUGGUUUGAAGUGUCAUAUUAUAAGACAUUUUGCAGUAUUUGCUUUGAACAUCCCUUCUUCAGAUUCCCUGACUACCAUCUAUAGCAAGAUAGUUUGCUUCCACUUCCAGCAACAUGCUUUUACUCCAUCAGUAAUCAAGACUAUUCGAGCCAGAGUACAAGCAGCCAUAUGGCUUCACCAGGCAGUGGCAAAAUUCCCACCACCUGUUAUUAAGUUCUGCUGUAUCUUUAACAUGAGAGACCUCGCCAGCGUCUUCCAGGGCACUCUCUUUGCUACACCCAAGUGUGUACAGCAAUGAAACGAUCUUCGACAUCUCUGGCUUCAUGAAUCAGCAUGUGUCUAUGGGGGUAAACUGGUGGAAAACAAAGACUGUAAUUUCUUUUAUAAAAUGAUGAUGGACACUAUGCACAAGUAUUUUGAGAUACGUUGGUAGCUUGAAAACCAAGUGUUGCUGCAGUCUCCGCUCAUCUAUUGCCGUUUUGCAGAUGGCAGAGCAGACCCUUGCUACAAGCCAGUGAAAGGGUGGGAACCACCGAGGAAUAUACUUGAGGAGUUCCUAGAAGGCUACAACGAAAUCCAUGCUUCUAUGAACCUAGUCUUAUUUGAGGGUGCCAUGCAGCGUGUGUGCUGGACCAGUUGUAUCCUAGAAGCCCCUAGGGGUUAUGUACUUCUGAUUGGAGUAGGUGGUAGUGGUAAGCAAAGCUUGUUGAGGCUGGCGGCAUACAUCUGCUCCUUGGAGGUUUUCCAAAUCACACUGAAGCAAGACUAUAGGAUCCAGGACCUGAGGGUAGAUCUUGCCAGUUUGUACAUCAAGACCAGUGCCAAGAACAUGCCCACAGUGUUUUUGCUGACAGAUGCCCAGGUUCCAGAUGAACGCUUUCUUGUGCUGAUUAAUGACUUGUUGGCAUCAGGAGAGGUUCCAGAUCUGUUCAGUGAUGAAGACGUGGAGGGCAUAGUUAGAGGAGUUAGAAAAGAAGUCCGAGCCCUGGGCCUGAUGGACACCAGAGAAAGCUGCUGGAGGCUCUCCUUGAGCAGAGUGCAUCUGCAGUUAAAAAUCAUUCUGUUCUCUCCCACUGGUGCCACACUGCGAGCACGAGCUCGGAAGUUCCCAGCCAUAGUUAACUGUACCGCUAUUGACGGGUUUCACGAGUGGCCGCAGGAGGCCAUUGAGGAAGCCAAGGGGGUCGAGCCACUCAUCCAGGACUCCAUUUGCCAUUUCAUGGUCUAUGCCCACACCAGUGUGAAUAUGAUGAGUGCCAAAUACAAUCAUGAUGAGAGGCGAUACAAUUACACCACUCUGAAGAGUUUUCUGGAGCAAAUCACACUUUAUACGAUCCUCCUAGAGAAGAAAAGCAAGGAGAUGUUGGGACACAAGGAGCACUUGGUGAAUGGCAUGCAGAAGCUGAAGGCAGCAGUUUUCCAGGUAGAAGAUCUAAAAUCCAAACUUGCUUCUCAAGAGUCAGAACUGCAACUGAGAAAUCGAGAUGCUGAAGCUUUGAUUGUUAAGACAGGGUUUCAGACUGAGAAAGUCAGCCAAGAAAAGGCCAUUGCAGAUGCAGAAGAGCAAAAGGUCACAGCAAUCCGAGGAGAAGUAUAUCUGAGGCAGAAAGAAUGUGAGGAUGAUCCGCUGAAAGCUGAACCUGCUCUUGUUGCUGCUACAGCAGCCUUAGACACGCUUAAUAAGGCUAGUCUUGCAGACCCGAAAGCCUUCACCAACCCACCAGUGGCUGUAACCAAUGUUAUUGCUGCAGUAACGGUUUUACUGGCCUAUAAAUGGAAAGUGCCCAAAUACCGAAGCUGGAAAACCACAAAAGUCUUUGAGAAAGGUAAUGAUCAAUUCUUACAAGCUUUAAUCAACUGUGACAAGGAGCAUAUCCUUCAGAAUUGUCUGAAAGUUGUCAAGGAACAUUACUUGAAAGAUCUAGGUUUCAACCUAAAUUAUGUUCAUACAAAAUCCUUUGCAGCAUCUGGUCUGUGUGCCUGGGUCAUCAAUAUAGUAAAAUUCAAUGACGUGUAUUGUGAGGUAGAGCCAAAACAUUACACGUUGGCCCAGGCAAAUGCUGAAUUAGCAGCAGCUACAGAAAAAACAGAAGUCAUCAGGAAAAAGCUUCUUGUUCUGGAUAGCGAUCUGUGAAAGCUCGCAGCUUCACUCGAGUAAGCAGGUGCCGAGAAAGUCCAAUGUCAAGAUGAUGCGAAUCAAACAAACAAAACUAUUGAGCUGGCCAACAGGCUGGUCAAGGGACUUGAGUCUGAAAACAUGCAUUGGAGCCAGUCUAUUGAAGACCUCAAAGCAGAAGAGAAAACUUUAUGCGGUGACGUCUUAUUAACAGCAGCAUUUCUGUCUUACUUUGGACCCUUCGCAAAAGAGUAUCGCCAGAAGCUGAUGCAACAUUUCUGGAUUCCUUUUCUAAAGUCAGAAAAGAUAAAAUUUGCUGUUCCUAUUCCUGUGGCAGAGGGCCUGGACCUGAUUGCCAUGUUGACGGAUGAUGCUACGAUUGCGGCUUGGAGUAACGAGGGACUGCCUGGUGAUGGGAUGUCAACAGAAAAUGCCACUAUUCUAACAAACUGUGAGCUCUGGCCUCUGAUGAUAGAUCCCCAGCAACAAGGAAUUAAAUGGAUAAAGAAUAAAUAUGGAGCUGACCUUAAAGUUGUAUGUCUGGGACAGAAAGGUUUUCUGAAGACCAUUGAAAGAGCUUUGGCUUAUGGAGACAAUGUACUAAUUGAAAACAUGGGUGAAUCUAUUAAUCCCAUACUUGAUCCCCUGCUUGGAAGACAUACAGUUAAAAAGGGAAAAUACAUCAAGAUUGAAGAUCAGGAAUGUGAAUUCAACAAGAAUUUCUAUCUCACAGCACUUUCUCAUCUUCACACCAAACUGCCUAACCCUCACUACAAGCCAGAACUGCAACUCAUUAAUUUCACUGAUGGGCUGGAAGACCAGCUGUUGGCUGAGGUAGCUAGUGCUGAAAGGCCAGACUUAGAAAAAUGUGAGUCAAUCCCGGCCGAGCAGCAGAACCGUUUCAAGAUUGAGCUCAGGCAGCUGGAGGGUGACAUGCUGCUCAGCCUGUCAGCUGCCCAGGGCAGUUUCUUAGACGACAGUGAAGUUGUAGAGAAACUCGAAUCCACAAAGUCAACUGCAGUAGAAAUACGGUGCAAGAUAGCUGAAGCGAAAGAAAAUGAAGCUCAGAUUAACGUGACACGAGAGCAUUAUAGACCAACAGCCAUAAGAGUGUCCAUUCUUUACUUCAUUAGCAAUAGUCUGGGCAACAUCAACCCCAUCUAUCAGUUUUCACUGAAGGCCUUCAAUGCAGUCUUCCACAAAACAAUUAUACAGACUGAAAAAUCAAGGGAUAUUCGGUGUCAUAUCUCUAACCUGACAGAAGCUGUCACAUACUCAACCCUUCUUUUCAUGAGUCAAGGACGUUUCGGAAAGGAUAAACUCAUUUUUGUGGCCCAAAUUUUCAGAUUGAUUCUCCUAAGAAGUAAAGAGAUAGAACUCCUUGAAUUGGAUUUCCUUCUUCGAUUCAGAGUUGAACACACUUACAAGAGUCCUGUUGACUUCUUACCUACUCAGUCAUGGAGUGCCAUUAGGGCUAUGGCAGUGAUGGAUGUGUUCAGGAGGUUAGAUAAAGAUGUUGAAGGAUCCACCAAGAAGUGGAAGAAGUGGGUGGCCUCAGAAUGUCCAGAAAAGGAAAAGCUCCCCCAGGAAUGGACAAACAAAAGCUGUCUUCAGAAACUAAGCAUACUGAGGGAACUCUGUCUGGACAGAAUGAUGUACACUUUUAGAAACUUUGUGGAGGAAAAGCUUGGCUCAAGAUAUGUGGAAAGCACAAGGAUGGACUUGGCAAACUCCUAUGAAGAGAGCAGUCCAGCCACUCCUGUGUUUUUCAUUCUGUCUCUAGGAGUAGACCCACUUGAAGAUACUGAGACACUAGGCAAAAAGCUUGCAUUCACUGUAGACUCUGGAAGAUUUCAUAACAUCUCUUUACGGCAAGGGCAGGCGAUGGUUGCAGAGGAGGCACUUGAGAAGGCUGCCUGACAUGGCCAUUGGGUUCAUCUCCAAAAUAUUCAUCUAGUAGCCAAGUGGCUAGGAACUUUGGAAAAACUCCUCGAGCAAUACAGCGAAGAAAGUCAUCCUGAUUUCUGUGUCUUUAUUAGCGCUGAACCAGCUCCAACCCCAGAAGAGCACAUCAUUCCUCAAGGAAUACUAGAAAACUCGAUUAAAAUUACCAGUGAACCUCCUACAGGGAUGCUGGCUAAUUUACAUGCUGCACUCUAUAGUUUUGACCAGAUGACCCUUGAGAUGUGUACCAGAGAAGGAGAAUUUCAAAGCAUCCUUCCUUCUCUGUGCUAUUUUCACGCUUGCGUUACUGGGAGACCGAAGUUUGGCCCUCGGGGCUGGAGUGGCAGGUACCUGUUCAGUGCUAGAGACCUCCUCAUCUGCGUCCCUGUCGUCUGCAACUAUUUAGAGACCCAUAUGAAGGUUCCAUGGGAAGACCUGCGUUACCACUUUGGUGAGAGCGUGUACGGCGGCCACAUCACCGAUGCCUGGGACCUCAGGCUCUGCUGUGUAUAUCUGCAGGAAUUCAUCAGCCCACCUGUGCUUGAAGGGGAACUGACUCUGGCACCAGGUGUCUUGGCCCAACGAAAUCUGGGUUAUGCUGGAUGCCGUAAAUACAUAGAUGAAAUGCUUCCAUCUGAAAGCCCUGUACUAUGUGGACUGCACCCCAAUGCCGAGGUGGGAUACUUGACAGCAAUGUCAGAAAAUCUCUUCAAAACUUUCUUUGAAAUGCAGCCCAUGAAUUCAUUCAUAGGAGAAAGAUCAGGCCAGUCUGCAGAGGAAAAGGUAAAGGUUAAGAACAUCCUGGAUAGUAUUCUGGAGAUGCUUCCUGAGGAGUUUAAUAUGGCAGAAAUUAUGCAGAAGACUACUGCCUGGAGCCCCGAUGCCCUUGUUUGCCUUCAAGAGUGUGAGAGGAUGAACCUCCUCCUUUUAGAGAUCCGUAGGUCUCUUAAACAGCUGGACCUCCGUCUGAAGGGGGAGUUGAUGUUUUCUCCUCACAUGGAAGUGCUUCAGUCUGCACUUUUCUAUGAUGCUGUGCCAAACACAUGGACUAAACUAGCAUAUCCAUCCACAUACAUAACAGCCUUCGUUACCGAUCUUCUCAUGCGAUACAGAGAACUUGAGAUCUGGACACAGGACCUUGUGCUGCCAGCAGUGGUGUGGCUUUCUGGCUUAUUCAAUCCUCAGUCCUUUUUGACAGCUGCAACGCGGAGCAUGGUACACAAGAACAACUGGCCUUUGGAUAAGGUGUGCUUGACUGUUCCAAAAAGACACAAAGAUGUUACCAAAAAGAUCGACGAUUAUGGCCACCCACCAAGGGAAGGAGCCUGUAUCUGUAGGCUUUUCAUGGAAGGUAGCAGGCGGGAUGUCCAGCUGGGGACCAUAGCUGAAGCCUGGCUCAAGGAACGGAUUCCAGCAAUGCCAGCCAUUUCUGUAAGGGCUAUUCCAGUGGAUCGAAGGGAAACUAAGAAUGUUUAUGAAUGUCCAGUUUAUAAAACCAAAAGCAGAGGGCCAACUUACAUUUGGACUUUCAAUCUGAAAAGCAAGGAGAAGCCAGCUAAAUGGGUUCUGACAGGAGUAGCUCUACUAAGCUUUCAAUAA